AGUCUCAGAGAUGGCUCAAGGGACAAACCAGACCCCAAGGCCCAUGCUGUGUAGUACAGGAUAUGGGUUUUAUGGGAAUCCUCAGACAAAUGGAAUGUGCUCCGUCUGCUACAAAGAACAUCUUCAGCGGCAGCAGAAUAGUGGCAGGAUGAGUCCAAUGGGAACAGCCAAUGGCUCCAAUAGCCCUACCUCAGACUCUGCAUCUGUUCAAAGAGCAGAAGCUAGUUUAAACAGCUGUGAAGGUGCUGCUAGCAGCACUGCCGAUACAUCAAGAAGUGUGCCCGUGACUUCCUUGCCUGUUACUCAGCAAAUGACAGAAAUGAGCAUUUCAAGAGAGGACAAAAUAACCACACCGAAAACAGAUGUGGCCGAGCCAGCCCAGCCCGCACCCUCCGUAGCGCCCUCUUCUACUCCCAUCCUGGCUCAGAUAAACUCAAUUCUACUUGGGCCCAAUCCAGAACCAGAAGAUCAGUUCAGGAAUGUGGCAAAUCCAAAAGUGACAGCUUGGGGUGCUCCAUUUGGCUCUAAGUCAAAACAUGUGCCCUUUGCGAGGGAUUUCUAUGAUUUCUUACGACAGAAGAGCUCUGUCCGUGGUCCUAUACCCUCCUCUACUCCCACCUCCAUUGCCACCAUCACCUCCUCACCACUGCACCUGCCGCCUAUCUGCCAGAAUUCUGGCGGGGUGAGGGAGUGGCAGGAGCAACAGAGAUGGCGGCAAAACCAGGAGCUACUUGAAUUUCGAGGAUAUUAA